CUAGACGGCUCAGACGUCACGGGUUUGAAAAACACAGCAAAAUGGCGGCUGCACCGUCUAGCUUGGGGACACAAAUCCGUGAAGAACUGUCCUGCAGCAUCUGCCUGGAGCUGUUCACCUGGCCCAAGGUGCUGCCCUGUCAGCACACCUUCUGUCAGGACUGUCUACAGGACCUUGCUGGGAGGGGAGGGACCUUCCAGUGCCCAAUCUGUCGUCGACAAGUCACACUGCCACCCCAGGGGGUCACAGGAUUGCCCGACAAUCUCAUGGCAGCAAAUAUGUGUGAAAGAUUCCAACAGCAGACUACACUGUCAGUGGAAACAAGGGAACAACAACUCAAGUCUGCAAACAGGUGCAGCUUUCACCCUUCUGAGAUGCUCAGACAGUUCUGUAAACAAUGUCAGAUUCCAAUUUGCGAACAGUGUUUUGAAGAGGCUCAUGACAAUCAUCUCACAACAACUGUCAAAAAAGCUGCACAAGAAAGGAGUUCCACAGUCCAGGCCUUGAUCAAUGAUGGACGAAAUAUCAUGGAAAGUUACUUAAGCUUCCUCAGAAGUCUGAAGGAAGAAGAGAAAACCCUCAACGAAAAGAAACAGCAGAGAGACAACAGCAUAAUUCAGGCCUACAACCAAAUGGUGCAGAAACUCACCCAGAGAAAAGACCAUCUCUUGGUUGAAUCGGAGGAAAACCACACAAAAAACUUGGACAGCAUACAGACUGAAAGGGACCGAUUGUUGGCAGAUAUCAAUGAACUGUCUGCUGCCUGUGAUCGAGCAGAACAACAACUGCAGCAGGGAGGGGUCGAGUUUCUCAGUCAGCAAACCGCUCUGACAGAGGUGGUAGGAAAGUACAGAGGAAAAGCAGCACCAACUCCUGUACAAACCCAGCCUGCUGUCUUUCAGCCCACAGACACCCCCGUGCCAGUAUUGGGACAUGUGACGGUCCAGUCUCUCCCAUCUGCACCAAUCCCAGCAGCACCAGCAGCAAGGGGCACAGGUCAUCACCAUGGUAACCAAAGGCAACAGAAGCAUCAGCCUCAGAAGGUGACAUUUGGUGGACGGGGAUCAGAAACGGGACAGUUUCCAUUUGGUAUUACAUUGUCAGAUGAAGGGGAGAUCUUUAUGGCAGACGUUUGGAAUCAGAGUAUCCAAGUCUUCACCCUGCAGGGACAAUUUGUCCGACAGUUCCCAACAGUCGUGUCAGGUGAAGAGAAGAUGUACCCACUUGAUGUGGCCCUGGCUGGGGAGGGGAACCUGUGGGUGGUGGGGUACACAGACUCUACUAACUUUGCUGUGCAGUACAACAAACAGGGCAGGGCGCAGAGGAAGUUUGACCUACAGAAGACAGGGUGGAUGAGAGGAGUUGCCGUGGACACCAGGAGGAACCACAUCCUCAUCACACAAGCCACGGGAGACGAGAACAACCGACGAGGUGAAGUUUUGGUGUUCAGGCCAGAUGGGACACUUGUGAGAACUGUAGGUCAGCAGCAGGGGAUGAAGUUCCCACGGUACAUCACUGUGGACGGGGAGGGGAACAUUCUUGUGUCAGACAUAGACAAUCAUGGUGUCUAUGUGUACAACGACGAAGGGCAGUUUCUGUUCCAGUUUGGAGGUAAGGGAAGUGGUGAAGGUCAGCUGAAGGAUCCCCGUGGCAUCUGUACAGACGGGGCAGGUAACAUCAUCGUGGCAGACAAGGGAAACAGCCGUGUGGAGAUGUUUGACAAGACAGGGAAAUUUCUCAAACACAUCACUAUAGGCAUGAAGGGGCCUUGGGCUGUUGCCAUGGCAAGACAGGGACAGCUGGUAGUAACUGACUGUGUGGAGUGUAACGUCAGCAUAUUCCAGAACUUCUGAAUAAUCUAAGUGAGGUGAAACUUAAAAGACUUGGUUGUUGUUAAAGAGUAUGGCGAAUACUGGCGGACUCUUCAUUUUCAUUUCUUCUCAUUUUUUUC